AUGGACAACAGUGCCACGCACAGUAGUCCCAGCUCAAGUGCUCCCCUAAGUGACAGGCAAAAGUUAUCCAUCUCCGUCGACUUCAGUGGCGCCAGUACCUCUGCGAACACCGCUGAUAGUCCAGACGACCAAUGGUCCAGUAUCUCCCCAGCAAAGUCAGCAUUGACUUUCGCGGCGGUAUGGGAUCCUGAGGAUGGGAUGGUGACAUUCUCCGGAGCACGCCUUCUCGAUUCAACUGACGAAUACGAGAGUUCCUCAGGAGCUAUCACCCCUCCUGACGUUUCUGAUGAUGACUUUUCUCAAGCCGUCACCGUCGAUCAUGACGGAUAUACAUCGGAAGAAAACACUACGGCGACGGUUGGAACAUUCCAAGAUACGUUCAAAGCCUUCCUCCAUCGCGUUCCGCGGAAUUCGAAGUUUAACAAGCAACUCAAGCGCUCCAACACGGUGACAUCAUCAAGGCUGGACCGACUAGAUGUAGGCUCGCGAGACCCUAUCGUACGGCCAACACGCCAGUACUCCUGUUUUGAUAAACUCGAUGAAGAACUCUCGUUCAAGGCGCAGGCUGCGUUCACAGACAUCUCUUUGGAGUCGGACCCUGUGUCAGAUGAGGGGUUCUUUGAAGAAAUGCCAGACAUUAGGAGACGACCUGAAUUGAAGUCACGCUGGUCCGCUACGACUAUCUCAACGUCUGCCAAUGUUCAGGUUCCGCGCAAGGAAGCAAAGGCUCCUGGGAGUCAUGUACCGCACGCACUGUGGAUAGCGGACACGUAUCAGCCAACUUUUAACCUCUCCACUCCCCCAAAUAGUCCACGUCGACGCUUGAAGAAACGCCGCCCUAGUGACCACCCACCUCCAGUUUCUCCAAUAUCAUAUAGCAGCAGCUCGGGCUCGGAAAGUCCGAUUUCUCCUAGUUCUACUUCCUCCACCCCGACAUUGCGGUCAUUGAGCCUCAAAUCCAAAAGGUCUCGGCGUUUUACCAGAGAGCCGACCGACGACAGCUGGGUCUCUAUUGAAAUAACUCCAUUCAUCACGCAACGCAUCGUCUAGGAGAUGUAAAGAGACUUCGGAUUCUUGGUGCUUUUCUUGUUUAUCGUAAUGUGCAUACACUCCAUCCUUUUGCGCUUCCCCCUCCUUUUAACUAUUGCGCUGCGAGCAGUUGCUACUUACACACUCGUUUUAUGAAGAUCUUUUUUUGCGAGACAGAGUCUCACGUAGGUGUCGAUUCACCGGGUUUGGAUAUGUAUACUAGAUUUUAAAUAUUGUAGACAAGCUCACCAUCCAUCGAUGGUAUACUUAUAUCAUGGUGAUAUCACAGC